AUGUCGGCAAGUUGUUGCCUGAGAUUUCAGUCGCCCAGCAAGGCAGUCAUAGUUUAUGUGUUAGGAAUGGAACGCUUCAGCAGUAAGACCUUACUGCUGCUUACCAUUUCGGCUUUGGCGCUCUUCAUCAUUCCAGCGGCAGCCGUGCGUGGCAGCCCCGAGAAGGGGUCCCGUGUGUUCCUGCAAAAGCAGCUGCCGCUGACCCUGAUCGUGACAACGCCGUCGGAACUUUCUGAUAGCACAGCUUCGACGUUUGUAUCUGGUCGUCAAGCCCUUACGGCCGUAUUUUCCCGGCCGGUCAUAGCGCUGGGAUCCGACUUCGGGCAACCGACCAGCCAAAUGAAGGUAACGUUGGAGGAUGAGGUCCUUGACGGGAACACGUGA